UGAUAACUUUCACAAUAAUCGAAAAUGGCAGCUCCAGCAGCACCCGGCAAUGCUGGCAAUGGCGCCGCUGAGGAAGUCGAGCGCUUUGACGCAACGUCCAUGCGCUUCAACACUGCCGUCAUCGGACGCAUCCGCACCGGCGCUGCAGUCAUCAGCGGAAGCACUGCAGGCAUCCUCGGGCUCACGGGUCUCUAUGGCUUUGGCUUUUACUUUGUCGCAUCGCUCCUGCUGUCCUUGCUCCUGUUCGUCAAAGCCAAACGCAAUGUUGCCGCUCACUUUAGCUCACCGUCGGCCAUCACGACCGAUGGACUGUUUGACGGACUCUCAACCUACGUGUUGCUAUGGACGUUCAUGUACGGCAUGGUGCACGUGUACUAAUAAUUCAAAAUGCAAUUUUGGGUUGAGCUCUGGA